GCCAAACACCAGGACAAAUUCAACAUUUGCCAUUGUGUCAAAAUGAGGCCCAUAAAGAGUAGAAAAAAGGCAGGAUUAAAGCUUCCAAAGAGUAUUUUGGACGAGAUUGAAAACAACGACAGUGGUUCAAGAGCGCAGAACGGAAAACGGGAAUUGUCUCAUAGAGAAAAACGAAAGCUCGCUAGAAACACGAAAAAUGCAACCGUGAACGAUCAGCCACCGCGUCGUGCUCGAAAAGAGGAACAGGAAACUGAAGAUGCUUUAGAAAUGCUCUCAGCUUCGCAUGAACUUCCAAAAAAAAAGAAGGCAAAACGUGAUUCUUCUCCUUCUUAUGAGGACUUUAUCCGUAAACAGCAACUUGCUGCAUUGGAUGAGGAUGACCGGGAAAUUGCAAUGCUAGAAAAAAAACUUAGAAUUCGCGGCAAAAACAAACGUACGUCUCAGAUCGACAACGAAUUUGGUUGGAUUCUAGAAGACUUGGAUUUGGAUAAAGAUUUGAAUGGUCUUGAAGGUGAUGGCUUAUCGGCUCCACUUGAGGAUGAAGAAUCUAUGGGAUCCGAGGAAGAAAAGCCAGAGAGUGAUGAGUCAGAGGAGGAAAAUGAAGAGGAGAAAGAUGAGUCUCACCAAGAAUCAGAAAGUACAAGCGAGGGAGAAGAAGAAGAAGAAGAGUUUAAGGGGUUUUCUCCUGAAGAUGAGGGUGUUCAAUCUCAGCAGAAAACCAAGCGUCAAAAUCCUUAUCUCCCGGCCGUUUCUUCCACACCAUCGACUGGCAAAUACAUUCCCCCCUCUCUUCGUCAGAAGGCCUCUACCGAUGAGCAAGGUUCCAUCGAUUUGACUCGCCUACGAAGGCGUCUUCAAGGUUUGCUAAACCGUCUUUCCAGUGCGAAUGUAGGCUCUAUCGUUAACGAGGUUGAAGCUAUCUAUAUGGAAAACUCUCGUCAUUCUGUAACUGACGCUUUAACAAAACUUAUCCUGCAAACGGUUAUGGCGAGGGAGUCUAUGUUAGAUCAACUCGUCAUUGUCUAUGCUGCCCUUUCAACUGCUCUUUAUCGUACCAUUGGUCCUGAAUUUGGAGCUUACUUGCUACAAUCAUUAGUAGACGAAUUCUUGCGUCUUUAUAAAUCCAAAGAGAAAGAACCUCUUUCUUCCCAUAAAGAAACGUCCAAUUUAGUAGUAUUUUUUGUCGAACUCUACAAUUUUCAACUUGUUUCUUGCAUUUUAGUCUAUGACUUUGUUCGCUUGUUUCUAAAGUCGUUGACAGAGUUGAAUGUUGAGCUUUUGCUAAAGAUUGUACGCAAUUGCGGUAAUCAACUACGAAGUGAUGAUCCGUCUGCUUUGCAAGACAUUAUUCAGGAAAUGAAUUCUCUUUUGAGUACAGCUGACCCAACGUCUAUUUCUGUCAGAACAAAGUUUAUGGUUGAGUCUAUAACGAGCCUCAGAGAGAACAAAAAGGCAAAAGUGGCUAUGGCAAACUCUCAGUUAAAAGCUGAAUCAGUGAAUCAGUUGAAAAAGUUUUUGGGUUCUCUAAGUAGUCGAUCUCUUCGUGCCACCGAACCGUUGCGUGUCAGUUUGCAAGACAUUGAACAAGUUGAAACAAAGGGCCGUUGGUGGUUAAUUGGUGCUUCUUGGAAGAGCGAUCCUUUGGUCGAAAAUAAUAUUGCAUCAUCAUCCUCAAAAAUAGCGGAAGAAAGAAAGAGAAACGAAGAGCUUCUUGCUCACUCGAGACUUUUGCAAACGGCAAAGAAAUUACGCUUAAAUACAGCUGUCCGAACUUCAAUCUUUAUUGCUUUAAUGGGAGCAGAGGACUAUAUUGAUGCUUGGGACCGAAUUCUUAAACUUCGUUUAAAAAAAGUUCAACAACCCGAAAUUGCAUACGUAAUUUUACAUUGCGCUUCAAAUGAAAAAACGUAUAAUCCUUUCUAUGCUCUUGUUGCAUUAAAAUGCUGUACUCGACAACAUAACUUGAAGAAAUCUUUCCAAUUUUCCUUAUGGGAUUUCUUCAAUGAGUUACAACCCGAAAAUGACAACGAAACAAAUGAAGUUCCUAUGCGAAAGAUUUUUAAUUUAGCAAAAUUGUAUGCAUAUCUGGUGAUUGAAGGAGGACAGCCAUUGACGAUUUUAAAGCAUGUUGAUUUUGCGAGUAUGAAUUCUCAAAUACAGACAUUUAUUCUCGUUUUAUUAUCUGAUAUACUGGUUGAAACUAAGGAAGAUAUUCAGUUGGUGCAAACUAUGGACACAUGUAAAACAGAGAAAAACCUAUCUUCUAAGGUUGAUUGGUUUUUGAAAACAUAUGUACGCAAUAAUCCGCUGGUUGAAGGAAAAGAAAAAUUACUAUUGAAGUCCAACCUUUCGAUAGCCAGAGCUGCUUUACAAGCCAUUGCUAAAGAUGAAACGUAACGCUCACAAACGCGGAUAAUUAAAAGGAAAUUUUUUGGGAUUUAGAUUUAAAACGGUUAACAGUUUUGGGCAUUGUAAUUGAUAAUAUGAAAGUAAUUAGACUAUCAAUAGAAACGAACAUUUGUACAAGGUUAUAUAUAUUGCGA